UCUCUGUGUGAUUGGCUAGGAACGGAAACCACGCAAGUGCCACCGCUUUAUUUUCACGGAAAUUCCAUAGCCUGAUCGAGAGGAUAAGAAGAUGGUUGCUUCCGUGAGGCCAUGACAGAGGGAGGGAAAGAGGACGCCUCGCCCUUCUGAAAACAAAAUCUCGACUCGGGGCCUAUUUAGUGUGUCGGGGGCGGAGCGACAAUUCUCGCGCUCGGACCAGCUGCAGCUGCGCAGUCACAUUUCCGUCCCCGCCCCCGGGAAACUGCAUAACGAUCUGUCAUGGCGGCCGGGAUGUUAGGUUUGUGUGGCCGCCGCCUUUUGGCGGUGGCGGCGAGGCGAGGGCUCCCGGCUGCCCGUGUUCGCUGGGAAUCCAGCUCCUCCAGGGCUGUGAUCGCCCCGUCCGCUGUGGCGGGAAAGCGGCCGCCGGAACCAACUUUACGCUGGCAGGAGGACCCAGAUCCCGAGGACGAAAACCUCUAUGAGAAGAACCCAGACUCCCACGGUUAUGACAGGGACCCUGCUGUGGACCUCUGGAACAUGCGGGUCGUCUUCUUCUUUGGCUUCUCCAUCAUCUUGGUCCUUGGCAGCACCUUUGUGGCUUAUCUGCCUGACUACAGGAUGCAGGAGUGGGCCCGCCGGGAAGCUGAGAGGCUUGUAAAAUACCGAGAGGCCAAUGGCCUCCCCAUCAUGGACUCCAACUGCUUCGACCCCAGCAAGAUCCAGAUGCCAGAGGAUGAGGACUAACCGGUUACUGAAAGGGGCUUAAGAAGCAGCACCUUCUCCACCCCUUGUCUGCCAUCUGCCCUCUCUUCAGAGCACCUAAUUAAAGGGACUGAAACUGUGA